ACAAAUCUACCACUCUCUCUAUCUCUCUAAAAAACCACACAAAGGAUCUUACAACAACGCAAGGCAAAUCUCGAAACAAAUCAAAGCAAAGAUCAUGAAUACAAUUCCGGCGGAACUCACCGGAUACUUCCAUUAUCUACCACCGGAUAAAUAUAAUAACCAAACACCAGUCAUGGAGUCUGAGUACUUCAACAUGCCCUCUUCUCCUACCUCUUCUUCCUCCUUCUACCACCUCAACGGUCUGAUCAACAACAACAACAACUACUCGUCAUCAUCCAACGGUCAAGAUCUAAUGGCCAGCAACAACUCAACAUCGGACGAAGAUCACCAACAAAGCAUGAUCAUCGAUGAGAGGAAACAAAGAAGAAUGAUCUCUAACAGAGAAUCCGCUCGUAGGUCAAGGAUGAGAAAGCAGAGACAUCUCGAUGAGCUUUGGUCUCAAGUGAUAAGACUUCGUACUGAUAACCACUGUCUUAUCGAUAAGCUGAACCGCGUAUCUGAAAGCCAUGAGCUUGCCUUAAAAGAGAACGCUAAGCUUAAAGAAGAAACUUCUGAUCUCAGACAGCUUAUCUCUGAGAUUAAGUCAAACAACGAAGAAGACAACAGUUUUCUAAGAGAGCUCGAAGAUUCUAUAUCGAACUCUAGAUCAGAUUCGAGCCAAAGAGGCAGAGAUUUUGAGUUGUGUUAAUGAUCUUGAUCAUUGUUCUGCUUUUCUCAAGAAUGUAGAUUUCAUAAGGAUCAUAUUGUGUUAUAUGAUAUAAUAAUAUUAUUAA